AUGGCACUAGUACGUGGCGACCGAUUUCACUCUCAAGAAGCAACACAUUAUAAUCCGACUAAAUUCGGUAUGGAAGAUAGUGAAUCAGUUGCUACGACCGAUUAUGGUACUCUCAAUGGAAGAAAACUUAUUUCACGCCAUUUAAGCAGUGUAUUUACUCCAACUGGUGUUUAUGCAAUAUUUCCUUUUACGCUGCCAAAUGGAACACGGAAAAACUUGGGUGAAAAACAAACAAAUUACGAUUUCACUGAAUCACUCUGA